AUGGCUAAUCGAGACCAGGAAACGCCCCUUGCCCCCGAGGCUCAUCGGAUUGCAAUGAACGUGUCCGACAACACGAACAACAACGACAACAACAACAAUCGAUUUUCUCCGCCAAUUAAAGACGAAAAGAGAAACCGGAGUAGAUGUCUCAAAUGUUGCGGUUGCACGACAAUUGUUCUAACAGUUCUCGGGGUGACCAUUUUGAUACUAGCGUUAACGGUAUUUAAAGCCAAGGAUCCGAAAGUAAACUUAAAUUACGUGAGGAUCAAGGGACUAGAGACCGUCACUGCAAUAAAUCUUGUCCCGAAUACAAACCUCACGAUCGAAGUCGAGCUCUCCAUCAAAAAUCCGAAUGCAGUGGCCUUCAAGUUCAAGAACGUCACGACAGGUAUUUAUUACGACAAUGUUCUCAUCGGGGAGGCUUAUAAUCCGAAGGGAACAGCGAAGGCUAACAAGACGUUUCGAGUCAAGGUAACGGUGGACGUUUUGCUGCAGUCGUUUCUUAGGAUUCCUCGGUUUUUAGGUGAUCUGGCAGCGAGAGAGGUGCCUGUGACUACGCGGAGCAACAUCAGGGGCAAAGUGGAGAUCAUCGAGAUUAUUAAGAAGACGGUUGGGGUGAAAUUGAAUUGUGCUUUGACAGUUACUUUGGCGGACCAGAAUUAUAAAGAUCUUGAUUGCAAACGAUCUGUUUCGAUUUGA